UAGAAGCAGAACCGAGUCCUCUGUGUGGAGGGACAGUAACUGUGUGUGUAUAUGAUUGCAUGACGAAGGAAGAUCCAGAGCCUUUAGAUGCGGGGAAAAUAAUCCCGUCCCUCGGAGACUCGAUCUCAGACGCCAUCGCCAGCUCUCUUAAUGUCCCGAAACAGCGACAUGAGAGCGCUGACGAGCUGACACGGAUGGUUGAGGAAGAGAUCUCCGAAAAGGUAAGCUCAACAGUCAAACUCAUUACAGAAAGCCCCGAUCUCCCGCAAGACCCCGCCGUUUAUGUUAGCGGGAAAUGUAGUAAUAUUAAAAAGCUGCACCGCAUGGUUUGUCACGCUGCCUCGUGCCUUAAAAGGUUUGUAGCACGUAAGAUGCGCUGCCGGUGCGUGUCAAGCGGGUGUGAUUCCGGUACAGAAAGUACGGAUUCAAAGAUAUCAGUGCAAUCAGCAAUCACAGAGAUUUCUGUGAUUCUGUCAUCAAGCAGCUCAGAUGGAGAGAUGACAGAAAAAGAUAAAGAUGAGGAAGAAAUUGAGCUCCCAGACGAAUCAGCUCUAACAGAAGAAGACAAAAUAAAACCAGCUGCAGAGAGCCAAAGUAUCCGAGCUCCAACGCCAGUAGAAGUGGUUGCAGCUGACAUCGUAAAUGAGAUACUUGGGAACAUGAAUUCAAGCAGUGAAGAGCCCUGUGAGAGGUGUAGCUUACCCAAGCCUGCCUUUAAUGCAGGAUUAAUUAUCAACAAGGUGAGAGACCUUUUCUCCAGAUGUUUGCCAUCCACCUCACACUCAGGGCUCAAAGCACGCAAACACCGCUUUUCCAUGUUUGCGAAAAAACAGUUUGAAAAAAUGAAAAAAGAGCUGAGACAAGUAAUAAAGGCAAACAGGAAAUUUUUUGUUUGUCUAAAAAACAUUUUCAAGUUCCACAAGUAUGAAACAGUGCCAUCCGAUGAAAGUAGCCUCCCAGGGUCAGUCCCAGAAACUGGUCCCCAGAGUAAAGAGGCUCAUCGAGCCCCUUCCCGAAACACGCUGCUUCGUUACAUGCGUUCUUCUCCAGCCGACUUUGACGCCAUUAGGUCAGACGUUAACCAGCUGUUUGACAAAUUAACAAAGAAAGAAGAACUCUUCAUCAUCCAUAAAACAUUGGACAACUUCAGAAAUAGUGGGGCAACAAGAGAUUUUACCGUGGAGUUGACGGGAAAAGUAUUUGAUCUACUUAUGACGGAUCGACUGUAUCAAAUCCCCGAACCUCUAAUGGGUAGAUCCCUCUCAGAUACAGUCAUCUCCAGGACUCCACAACCAGCACAUGGCUCAAAGCGUCCCUUUUCUGCUGAAGUCCUCUAUGUCCUCGUAGAAGACGCAGUAGAAAAGUUUUACAAAAGCUUUACUCUGGAGCAUUUCCCAGAAAGAUCUUCUCCGGCACCGGAUGAAACACCUGUAACACCAAAACCUGAGAGCAUUUCCCCAGAAAGAUCUUCUCCGGCACCGGAUGAUACACCUCAAACACCAAAACCUGAGAGCAUUUCCCCAGAAAGAUCUUCUCCGGCACCGGAUGAGACAAAUCAAACACCAAAACCUGAGAGCAUUUCCCCAGAAAGAUCCUCCCCGGCACCGGAUGAAACACCUGUAACACCAAAACCUGAGAGCAUUUCCCCAGAAAGAUCUUCUCCGGCACCGGAUGAAACACCUGUAACACCAAAACCUGAGAGCAUUUCCCCAGAAAGAUCUUCUCCGGCACCGGAUGAUACACCUGUAACACCAAAACCUGAGAGCAUUUCCCCAGAAAGAUCUUCUCCGGCACCGGAUGAAACACCUGUAACACCAAAACCUGAGAGCAUAUCCCCAGAAAGAUCUUCUCCGGCACCGGAUGAUACACCUGUAACACCAAAACCUGAGAGCAUUUCCCCAGAAAGAUCCUCCCCGGCACCUGAUGAAACACCUGUAACACCAAAACCUGGGAGCAUUUCUCCGCAAAAAUGCUCUGCUAGCAUUUCACGCUCUCUCAAGGAUUCCUCUGACAUGUCUGAGAUGCGUUCUGUGUCAGUGUCAUCUUCUGAUGCUGAGAAAAUUUCCGAUGACCUCGCUUUUAUCCUCAUGAUGAGAGUCGUCAAAAAAUCUAAAUCUAAGACCAAACAGUCUGUGUCUCUGUCAGAAGAACUAGAGACGGUCAUCAACCGUCUGAGAGAUCUGAUACAGCCUGAACUAAGCAGCACAGAGUCUGCCACAAGUCUGACAAAUAACAAGAAAAAGUUCAUCAAGAAACUAGCCAAAUGCCUCAUCAAGGAGUUUGGCUCCCCAGACAAUGUCUUAAAGGCUGCAAUAGCAAAUGAUUUGUCUUUUGAUGAGGCUCUGAUAAGGCAUCUAAAAAUCCGCCUUGGAGUCAUCCCCAGUCCUCCCAAAAAGUCCAAAAUUUCCAGGUUUUUUUCAGCUGUGGGAAAAGCUCUGCGAAAACCCUUUAGGUGGUUCACUAAAGCCAGAGAUGAUUAAAAUGACCAUCCUGGCUUUUCCCCGCCGCCCUGCUUCUUUUAACAUCUUGAAGCAGAAUUUUAGCACCAAAUCCAAAUUUUAACAACUGUAGUUCGCGCCAUCUCGUCUCCUUUUGAUUUCCAUCCCCCCCAACCGGUCGCAGCGGAUGGCCGCCCUUUCUGAGCCCGGUUCCGUUGGAAGUUUCUUCCUGUUAAAGGGAGUUUUUCUUCCCCACAGUCGCCUAGUGCUUGCUCAGAGGGGGAUCAUUUGAUUGUUGGGGUUCUCUGUAGUACUGUAGGGUUUUGACCUUACAGUACACACAGGGAGGAGACUUUGUGAUUUGGCGCUUGAUUUUUAAAAUAUCUAAUUCGGCAUGAAAUAAAAAAUAUCUAAAUUAAAAAUACAUUCCAGC